GGGAGAGAAAGGGACGGGUCGCCUGGGUUGUUGUGGUGGCUGGUCCCGGGAUGGUGUGUCUCUGGUGUCCUCCCGGCGGCUUUUUGUCUCAGUGGCGGCGGUGGUGAUAGACUGCACGAUCCCGCUCUUUCUGGAUUGCUUGAGGCUUGUGCUGCCCUCUGUGUUGAGUAACUGUACUGACUCAUUGGGUGAACUGGUUGACGCUCCUCACAGCUUUACGAUUGCGUUGGCGCGGUAGAAUCAGGCAACAUGCCGACUAGCGUGGUGUGGGUGCAGGCAGGGCAGCGGCGGCAGCAGUAGCAGCACCGCAAGCCACCACAGCCGCGAGAACGACCUCCCUGCCACCACCACCACCGCUAUCGCCACCACCACCACCACCACCGUCACCACCACCACCACCACUGCUACCACUACCACCACCACCACCAGCAAGAUGAAUGGCUCCGUGGGUGACCGUGUGGCUGUGCUCGACGCUGGGGCGCAGUAUGGAAAGGUUAUCGACCGGAGGAUUCGGGAACUCAACGUGGAGAGCGAUAUUCUGCCACUAGACACACCGGCCUACACCCUCAAGGAGAAGGGCUACAGGGCUAUCAUCAUCUCCGGGGGGCCAAACUCCGUCUACGCCGAAGAUGCGCCGCGAUACGACUCCGACAUCUUCAAGAUCAACGUGCCUGUCCUGGGCAUCUGUUAUGGCAUGCAACUCAUCAACAAGGAGUUUGGCGGCACAGUCCUCCGCAAGGCAGCGAGAGAGGAUGGACAGUACACAAUAGAGGUGGACAACUACUGCCAGAUAUUUAAGUACAUGGGUGUGAAGCAGGAGGUUCUCUUGACGCAUGGGGACAGCAUAGACAAGGUGGCCGAGGGGUUCAAAGUUGUCGCCACCUCAGGUAACCUCGUGGCCGCCAUCGCCAACGAUAAGCUGAGGUUGUACGGCCUGCAGUUUCACCCCGAGGUUGACCUCACGGAGCAGGGCCUCACCAUGAUGAAGAAUUUCCUGUACGAGGUCUCAGGACUCUCCGGGACGUACACACUCCAGAGCCGUGAGCUGCAGUGCCUCGCCUACAUCAAGGAGAUGGUCGGGGAAAACAAAGUGCUGAUGCUGGUGAGCGGUGGCGUGGACUCAACAGUGUGCGCGGCGCUGCUCCACAAGGCGCUGUCAGAGGAGCAGGUGCUGGCCGUCCACAUAGACAACGGCUUCAUGCGCAAGAACGAGUCACUUCAGGUGGAACAGUCCCUCCGCAGGCUGGGGCUAAAGCUGAGAGUGGUCAACGCGCGGCACCAGUUCUACGACGGGGUGACCAACAUCCCCGUGGACCCUGCCGACCCCAAGGGCAGGAAGCGACAGACCAACCUGCUCUGCCUCACACUAAGCCCCGAGGAGAAGCGCAAGAUUAUCGGGGACACCUUCAUUAACGUAGCUGACGACGUGAUCUCAGAGCUGAACCUUCGGGAGGAGGACGUGAUGCUGGGCCAGGGAACGCUGCGGCCCGACCUCAUAGAGUCCGCCUCCUCCCUCGUCAGCUCCUCCGCCCAGGCCAUCAAGACCCACCACAACGACACUGACCUCGUGCGGGGGUGGAGGGCGAAGGGCCGGGUGGUGGAGCCCCUCAGGGAUUUCCAUAAGGAUGAGGUGCGUCAAAUCGGCAGGGAUCUGGGGUUGCUGGAUGAGUUCGUGCAGCGCCAUCCGUUUCCCGGCCCCGGCCUGGCCAUCCGUGUGCUGUGUGCCGAGGAGCCUUUCAUGGAGCGGGACUUCUCCGAGACCCAGGUCAUACUCAAGGUCGUGGUGGACUACGCCGCCAGUGUGUUGAAGAAGCACGGCCUCCUGCUGCGUAUCGACAACUGCACCAGCGAGGAGGAGCGUCAGGAGCUUCACCGCCUCUCCCUCAGCCACACCCUCUACGCCACGCUGCUGCCAAUCAAGAGUGUGGGCGUUCAGGGUGACUGCCGCACCUACAGCUACGUGGCGGCCCUCUCCUCGGACACGGACCCCAGCUGGCCGGACCUCCUCACCCUGGCGCGGCUCAUCCCAAAGAUAUGCCACAACAUCAAUAGGGUAUGCUAUGUGUUCGGGGGUGCGGUGAAGGACUUGGUGCAGGACAUCACCCAGACCAAUCUGGCCCCGGGGGUCCUGGCCACCCUCAGGCAGGCGGACUUCCUCGCUAACCAGGUCCUCGCCGAGUCCAGUUUCAUGGAGAAGAUCGCGCAGAUGCCGGUCGUGCUCAUCCCAGUCCACUUCGACCGCGACCCUGUGGCGCGGCUCCCCUCGUGCCAGCGGUCGGUGGUGCUCCGCCCGUUCAUCACCCACGACUUCAUGACCGGCAUCCCCGCCCUGCCCGGCAAGCACAUCCCCGCCGAGCUGGUGAAUAAGAUGGUUGCGGAGAUCCUGUCAGUUCCUGGAGUGAGUCGUGUCCUGUACGACCUGACCUCCAAGCCGCCAGGGACCACUGAAUGGGAGUGACCUCGUGACAUCUCAUUAGGGGGCGGCUGGGCUGGGGCGGGGCGGGGGCGGGGGUAGGGCUGGGGUGUGUGAGAGAGAGGGGAGGGAGGGGCUAGGUGGGUGGGUUGAGUUGAGAAGUGUGGUUGGUUUAGCUAGAGUGUAAUUUUAUUUUGAGUUUUUUGUUUGUUUUUGUUUGAUUCUUGUUUACUUUUUCUACUUUGUUCCUCAUUCUUUUCUUUGUCUAUAAUUUCUUUCAUUCUUGUUCCUUCAUUUUUCCUUUCUGGCUUUCGAUCUUUCAUUCUUACUUUCUUUUCUUGUUUUCUUUCUUUCCCUUUUUCUUGGUUUCCUUUCCUUCCUUCCUGUACCUCUUUCUUUGCUGUAUUCUUUCAUUUCUCUCUCUCUCUCUCUCUCUCUCUCUCUCUCUCUCUCUCUCUCUCUCUCUCUCUCUCUCUCUCUCUCUCUCUCUCUCUCUCUCUCUCU